AGCAAACAUUGUCGUGUGCUUCAUUGUUGGCCAGUCAAUAUUGUAAACAUUCCGAUGAAUUAAAUCAGAUUGUUUUGCUUUAGCAGAAAACUAAGAAAUAUACGAAAUGAACAGUCGACUGCAGGAAAUCCGCGAGCGACAAAAACUUAGGCGGCAGCUUUUAGCACGACAGUUGGGAGCUGAGAGCGCAGAUAGCAUUGGGGCUGUGCUCAACAGUAAAGAGGAACUAAAAGAGAUAGAAGAGACAAGAGAAACAUGCAGGGCCUCAUUGGAUGAUUCCGCCCCUACCUCCAAGAAGAAGACUCUGACAGAGGGUGAUGACACAGAGGAAGAUGUGGAGGAACAAAAAGAUGAGGUGGAGGUGCCCCCGCCUGAGGAAAGCAAUCCAUAUGAGGAAGUCUACAAGGACUCAAGUACUUUCCUUAAGGGUACGCAGAGCUUGAACCCUCACAACGAUUACUGUCAGCACUUUGUCGACACAGGUCACAGGCCGCAGAACUUCAUUCGAGAUGUUGGCUUGGCUGAUCGAUUUGAGGAGUACCCCAAACUGAGAGAGCUGAUCCGAUUGAAGGACGAACUCAUCUCCACUACCAACACCCCUCCCAUGUACCUGCAGGCUGACCUGGAGCACUUUGACCUGCAGGAUUUAAAAAGCGAGUUUGAUGUCAUUUUGCUCGAGCCUCCUUUAGAGGAAUAUUACAGAGAGUCAGGCAUCAGCCACACAGAGCGCUUCUGGACCUGGGAUGAUAUCAUGAAGCUAGAGAUUGAAGAGAUCUCUGCCCUUCGGUCCUUUGUCUUCCUCUGGUGUGGCUCGGGUGAAGGCCUGGACUUGGGAAGAAUGUGUUUAAGGAAAUGGGGCUUCAGGCGCUGCGAAGACAUCUGCUGGAUCAAGACCAACAAGAAUAACCCAGGCAAGACAAAGGCGCUGGACCCGAAAGCAGUAUUUCAAAGGACCAAGGAACACUGCCUGAUGGGAAUCAAAGGAACAGUACGGAGAAGCACAGACGGCGACUUCAUCCAUGCCAACGUGGACAUCGACUUGAUCAUCACGGAGGAGCCCGAGAUGGGAAAUGUCGAGAAGCCCGUCGAGAUCUUUCACAUCAUCGAGCACUUCUGUUUGGGCCGCAGGAGGUUGCACCUUUUUGGACGUGACUCGACCAUCAGACCUGGUUGGCUGACAGUCGGUCCCACUCUCACCAACAGUAACUUCAACCCAGAGAGCUACUCCUCACAUUUUGCUCUGCCUGAAUCCUACCUCUCCGGCUGCACCGAGGAAAUAGAGCGACUGCGCCCCAAAUCGCCGCCUUCCAAGAUGAAGUCCGACCGUGGCGGCGGCGCACCCAGAGGUGUGCGCAGUGGUCCGAAUGCAGGAAGAGGUGGAGAGAGAGGUCGGGAAAGAAUCCGACCAAACUUCCGCGGAGACAGGGGAGGCUUCCGUGGCCGGGGAGGCCCGCACAGGGGCUUUCCCCCACGUUAGCGCAAUCAAACUGACCUGACUGGCGCGAGUUUGAGGGUUCCUUUGACUUGACCGUUGACAAGUUGCUCCUGAUAAGGCCCCUAUGAUUCCCACUCCGAGGCCGCAUUUGGAGCACCGGCGCAAUCUCAUGUGCUCUCGGACGCAAGCUGCAUGUCUGCCUUGUUGACUGUCGACUCCACUCCGGUGGCCUCCAGCAGUGAUGUUUCACCCAAAAUUUUAGAAUCAUUCAUCCCGAGACAUCGUCUGAAUACACUUUUUUCAGGCACAUUAGUAUCUAUGAAAAUUGACAAUUGUGAGAGUGAUUUAGAAGUGACUUGGGUAGCUGUGCUAUUUGGCUAACAAAUAGAUAUUUGAAUAUUUUUGGGUCCUUUUUUUUUUUUUUAAAUUCCAUUUCACAAAGAGACAUUGUACUGCCAAGACUGUGUAAAAUGGAAAUCCUAGAGGAAAACGGCACAAAGGACCGAAAAAGACUUUUUUUUUUUUAAAGAACUGUAUAUUUUUUGUUCUCGUUUAGAUUGAAUUCAUCAUAUCCAAAUAAACCUUUUUACAAUUU